UUAGGGUAAUGAAACGUCUGCAAGAAAACCACCAAGCUCAGACAGCACCAAGGACCCCACCAAGAUCUAUUUCCUUCUAGGAUAUCCUUCCUUGAGCGUUCCAAUAUCAUAAUAACGAUUCUUCCUAAUGCAACAUAUCCUGUUCACAUCGGACGGCCGUGGCAGUGGCUCUUGUCGGUUUGCAAUCGGCUACGCCCUGAGGUUUUUCACCAAAACCAGCCGCACAAACAACCGUUUCCUUUGCAUGGAGAGAUAGGAGGGGGAAGCCAAACUUCCUCGCAGCAAGGAUUCUGUUUUCCUGCUUUGCCAGUUUGCGGGGCUCCCGUCAUCGAGGGAAGAGCAGCAGCGGUGGAUGUGUGAGACCCUGGGAAUACAGACGCCAGUCUUGCAGGACUCCUUGGGGAUGCAAUCAUUUUUUAUUUUUUAUUUUUUUUUGCCCUCUCUGGGAUUUGCUUGGGGCGCGAAGUGCUGAAGCCGAGGGCCCUCUUGGAGCCGUUCUGAAAUUCUGGGGGCAGCAAAACCGAGAUCUCUUGACGCCUCUUAUGCAGGUCUUUCUCAUCAGAAUAUCAGAAUAAACUGGAGUUGGAAGGGACCUUGGAGGUCUUCUAGUCCAAUCCCUACUCAAAACAGGAGACCCUAUACCAUUGGGCUGUCCAAUCUCCCAGCUUCUUCUCACGGCCGUGCUACAGAAGUCUGCCUUUAGGGGCAUAGUUUUUUUUUUGGGGGGGGGGGAGACCCUCAGCUGUCCGUGAACACAACUCGAUCGGUGUAGACACUGCCUACGUCGACCCUUUGCCAGUUGGGUUUCGGAAAGAAUGCGCCUCCUCGACGUUCAACUCUACACCAGCUUGGUCCUGCUCAAAGGGGAGGAAGGAGGAUAAAGCAACCCCCACCAAAGGAAGACAAGCAAUCUGGACGCCUGGUUCUUGCCUUUCCUUCGCAUGGAGUUCUCCGCUCUGCCUUGUGGCUCUUUGGGCAGCCAGGACCUUCCCAGCAGCUGACUUGGAGAAUGAAUGGCGAUGUACUCUAGCCAUCCCUAACGUUCUCCUCUUCCACCGACCGGAGCGAAGUCAAUGUGUUGCAGCUGAUUGGGGUGUGGGUGUGAAACGCGUGGAUCUUCUACCGAGAGCGGCUGGGCUGACCCUCAGAUAUGACAGUCCAGAAAUUGGUAGCCACAGCCGUGUUGGUCGCUCUGGUGUCCCUCGUUCUCAACAACGCGGCUGCCUUUACUCCCAACUGGGUGUACCAGACCUUGGAGGAUGGGCGGAAACGCAGCGUGGGGCUGUGGAAGAUGUGCUGGCUGGCAGAGAAGGGGAAAGGAGGUGUGGGCACAGGUGCCAAGCACGGGCAAGGGGUAGAGCAGCAGCAGCAGCAGCACGAGUGUGAAGCCUUGAGCUGGGGUUCAGAGCCAGCUGGUUUCCAGGAGUCCCGAAAUACUGUCAAAUUGCAAUUCGAUAUGAUGCGUGCCUGCAAUCUGAUUGCCACCGUCGCCCUGACGGCCGGUCAGCUCCUCUUCGUGUUGGGACUGGUAGAACUGCCCAUCAUUUCCCAGGACACCCAGUGGUGGGAAGAAGCCAUCGCCGCCGUCUUCCAGCUUGCCAGUUUCGUUCUGGUCAUCGGCCUGGUGACUUUCUACCGCAUUGGACCCUACACCAGCCUGUCCUGGUCUUGCUACCUGAACAUUGGGGCAUGUCUCUUAGCCACAUUGGCUGCAGCCAUCCUUAUAUGGAACAUCCUUCAUCGGCGGGAGGACUGCAUGGCCCCCAGAGUCAUUGUCAUCAGCCGCACGCUGACCGCUCGCUUUCGGCGAGGGCUGGAGAACGACUACGCGGAGUCCCCGUGCUGAGAAUAUGGAGACGGAAAGGAGGGAGACGCAACCACACAGGCAGACUUAAAACAACAACAACAACCAACAAACAACAACCACAACUGACUGCUUUCUUAUACAUAGGCGAUGUAAUUUAAUACCACAAAUUUCACUCCUCCCUUAAGAGGAGUCCGUCAUUAUGGGUAGUCUUCCACUUACGACCAAAAUUGAGCCUCUGUGGUUAAGAGGAGACAUUUCUUCAGUGAGCUGUGCCCAGUUUUUAAGGCCGUUGUUACGUUAGUAACUCCGUUAUGAAGUGGAUCUGGCUUCCACGUCAACUGUGCUAGUCGCAAAAGGGGGGUUCCCCAUGACCUUGGGAACAAAGCAGCCUGGGUCAUAAAAAGGAACCAGUUGCCGAGCUUUUGAAUUUUGAUCACGGGAUGCAAAGGUCGUAGCGGUGAAAAACGGUUCUAAGUCACAGUUUUCAGUGCUGUUGUUAACUUUGACCAAAAAACAACCCUGUUGUAAGUUGAGGACUACCUGCAUUGCUUAGGUGUUCGUCUGUAUCUAUCUGUCUGUCUGUCUGUCUGUCUGCCUAACUCACUACAUUAUACAAUGCUUUUCUUGAUCCCAAUGUACAGCCUAAGAUAUCAACAGCUCAACCAUCUGGAUGGGUUUUUAGCCAAAAGGAAAAGGAGUGGGGCAGAGCUAGACUCUGAUGGAUUUUGGGGAGAAUCUGGCAAUGGGAAAAAGCAACUCUUUCUUUCAAGUCUAAGCUGUUUACAUGAAAAAGUUACCAACAGAUGCAAAGGCUCAGUUACAGAAAUGGAACCAGCCGUAAGAGCAGUCUGAAAGAAGAAAUGAGAGCUGUUCUCUCUUUUCGCCCAUUUGGUGCAACCCAGAGGGUUUUUUUAAAAAAAAAUAUUUAAUUUAAAGAGAAUUAAUUAUGCAAACUGAUUAUUUAGCGUAUGGCUCACCAUACACAGAGUAGCGAUUUAUAUAUAUAUAUAUAUAUAUAUAUGUGUGCAAAAUUUGAGAGGCAUCGAAUCUGGCCAGAACAACUAUUCUCGUUUUGUUGCCAAUGUUCCAAAAUCAAAGCCAACUGGGGAUAAUUGUACUGUUUGGAAGGCUUGGCAGAAAUGCUUUUAACAGGGCAUGAAAUAUUUAAGAUUUCAGGCUUAUUUGUCUUUUAAAGCCAAUUUUGUAGAAACAUUUCCAUGCCACUUAACUCUUGAUAAAGAGGCUCAUUCUAAAGCUGCCAUUCUUCAUCAUAUCUGCGUUACCCACAUUAAGGAGAGUUGGCUUUUUUUCUCUUUCCAUCAUCCUUAGCAAUUAUUUAAAUCAAGAAUAGAUGGCUGGGCUUUUUUUUUUUCUUCUCCAAAUUUGGCGCUAAAUUGUAACUUUUAUUUUUGCUCGAGUGCUUGAGCACUCAACUGUCAUAAAUAUGAGCCAGUGGCCAAGCAUCUGAAUUUGGAUCACGUGAGCAUGGAGAGGCUGCAAACUGUUGUUAAAUCGAGGACUACCUGUGCUGAAAUCUAAAAUCACACCAGUGCAGCUUCGGAAGGUGCUUCAAUGAGGUGGGAAGACCAGCUGACUAAAAUUACGGGAGGCAAGAAUUUAUUCCUUAUUUAUCGAAGGUGGGGGGGAAAUCCAUCAGAAAUGGCUGUCAGAUGAAUAGAUCCCUGAUACACACAAGAAUAUUUGACUUUGAUAGAACGUUUAGCAAAACAUUGAACUAGUGAAGAGUGAUACUAUGGAGGUAAUGACGGAGAGAGAGAAAAAACGGAUUGGAUGAUGAGGCUGUUGACCUAAAUAUUUAAUGUCUCUUUCUUAGAGACUUUUGUAAUAUAACUGCUUCAAAACUUCGCUUUAGCUUUCCGCUUUCCAUCCUUUUUACUUCUUCAAGACGACCCAAAUUAUUGGGGGCAAUAUGCUAACUCUGUAAACCACUUAGAGAGGGCUGUAAAGCUCCGUAAAGCGGUAUAUACGUCCGAGUGCUAUUGCUAUUCAUUCAGAAAGGGAAUAAUGAAGCUUGCCCUUUGAGCUUCGUAGUAUGACUUAAUAGGACACCAAAUAAAAGACAUAAACAAGUAUGUCACUCAGUACCUAAGCCUUAAUAAGCAACCUGACCUAAAGCGGAACAAACAGGAAAGUUUGAGGAAUAAUUCUCGAGGAAUUAUUUCUAUUCUGGAUAUAACAACUGAUUUCUUUAAAACAAUUGUGGGUAGCAUUUUUCCUCCUUAGGUUACCCAACUGUUUAGAGGACCAAAAACCUGCUUUUAGAGAAAAAGUAAUAUAAGAAUAUGUGCAACAUUUACAAACUACUUUGGCAUCUUUAGCACUAUGUGUUAUAGAAUAUAUCUAGACAAUAGAUGUGGACAAUUACGAUUGAAAAUAGUAAAACAGCUACCAAUAUAAUCCUUUGGGCACCUUAAUGUUGUUAUAAAUUCCUUUACCUACAGUAUAUUUCUACCUCCCAGUAAGUUCUGUCCUAUUAAACAUGCCAACUAGGGUGAGAAAAUUCACGUUGUUAGUAGACUUACGUUCCAGAGUUUACCUCCCACUUCGAAGUAUGCUUUGAGUCUUUUUUUAGAUUUAGAAAGCUGUCUUGCUGGGAUUAAACAGACUGAUUCUUUAAUCACAAAUUGGAUUUCAUUUCAACUUACCUGCCUGCUUUCUAGGAAAAUUCUA